UUACAACUUCCACAUUCCAAACAUUAUAUAUAUCUCUCCCCACAAACCCUCCAUCACCACCACCAUUCUCUUCAAUCCCUUCCCAGAACAACCCACAAGAAAAUACUCUCUCUCUCUCUCUCAAAAAAUCAAUGGCAGAGAAGGAUCAGCAGCAACAGACCUACCCUCCACCACAGGUCAAUCCAUACGGCCGCGCCGAUGCAGAAUUGGCAUCAGUCGCCGCCACUGAUGAACGCCGCAAGAAGCGCACGAAAUGGUUCAUCUACAUCGCCGCCUUCACCGUGUUUCAAAUCGGAAUGAUACUGCUAUUUUCACUAACAGUGAUGAAAGUCAGAGCUCCCAAGUUCCGUAUCCGAUCCGCCACAUUCGGUUCCUUCGAAGCUCCGCUAACAAACCCUUCGUUCAACAUCGCCAUGGUUGCUGAACUAGGGGUGAAGAACACGAAUUUCGGAAAGUACAAGUUCAGUAACAGCACCAUUGAUUUCUUCUACAGAGAUAUAAAGGUAGGAGAGGCCGUCAUUCCAAAGGCGAACGCUAAAGCUAGAUCAACCAGGAAGUUUGAUGUCGCAGUGACCUUAUCAUCGGCAAAUUUACCAAGCAAUAGCCAGUUGGGAAGUGAUUUGAGUUCUGGGUCUUUGCCGCUGAGGAGCGAGUCGAGAUUGAGAGGAAAAGUGGAGCUGAUGAUGGUGAUGAAGAGUAAGAAAUCUAGCAGAAUGGAUUGCACCAUGGUGAUUGAUAUAACAAGGAGGGAGCUCCAGAAUGUGGUGUGCAAAUGAUUGAUGCUUUGUUUUAGUACGAAGAGAUUUUGUUUUGGUUUAUGAACACUAUUUUAUGUAUUUUGUUUUUUUAGGGCCGACAGUAUUUGUUGAUAUACUGUAUUCUGUGAUUCAGUAAUUUUUUUUUCUGUUUGUGAUUUACG